UACAUUGUUAUCGAUAUGCGCGCAGCGCGAGACGCCGCUGCACAUCCGCACCACUGUACGUCGAAGCUCCUCGCUAUCUUCGCGCUGAAACACGUCUACGCCACGAGCUAUCUCGGUCGUUGCCCAUGGCAACCGCGAUAUCGCAUCGACGCAGUUCUGUCAGUUCCGCCGCACCGAGCAACGCCUGCGAACAGAUCACAGCAGCAACAGGCAUCGGUUCGACGAGAAGCCACCAUGGUGGAUUGUCGGAAGCCGGGUUGCGAUGGCAAGCUGCAAGCAAAUGGCCCGGUGGUGGUCUGUCCAAGCUGCCGCUCAGUCAACUGCUUGAAAUGCACCGCCGUCCACGAGGGAAUGUCGUGCAAGGAGUACAUGAGGAGCAUCUCGGCCGACGUCUCCCAAGUUCAAAGGACGGUCAAUCGAGGGGACCAGAAAUUGACCCAACAGUCCGCCGCACCACUUCCAUCAACUUCUGCCGCGACCCCGGGGCCAUCGUCAAAGAAAACACCUAUGGCACCGCCUGCUGUUACGACCGAUAACGACAGUUCCGAAAUGUUAGCUAACUGCAUGGUCGAAGAGUGUAAAGGCAUUGCCUUCGUGGACAAGGACGUCGACAUGUUCCGUUGUCAGCUUUGCAACCACUACACAUGCGUGAAGUGCUCGGCUGUCCACGAAUCCAUGACGUGCGCAGACUACCAGAGGAACAAAGACAACGUACCAGUGCCCGUAUUCAAGCCUGCUGCAUCGUCCGAGGAAGGCGACGAGGAUUCCGACUCUCAAGAGGAACAGCCCGAAGCCAACGGUGAUGUGGAAGGGAUGAUCGUGGAGUGUCGUUACGAAGUCUGCGCGGGCUACGCAUACGUGGUCAAGACGGCAACUACGGCUCAGUGCGAGCUAUGCAAGCACUGGACUUGUGUGGCAUGCAAAGUCUGCCACGAAUCGCAGACUUGUGAUCAGUACAAAGGCAUCGACGUUCCAGCAGAAACCAUGGCACGACAACCACCGGUGCCGAGCAAAGCAUCCCAGAUACCUGCGAGAAGCGGGACACGAAAACAGAAGCAAGAAAAUGGCGCUGGUAACAGUGGAGGUGGCAUCUUUUCAGCAGCAAUGAAGAGUUUGUUUUCUCGUAAGGCCGCCGACGCACAGAGCGAGCCAGAGGGCGCGAAGGCUGCGGCGGACAAUAGUUCCGUGGCUACCAGAGCCGCGCAACUUGGACUUUACAGGGACGCCAAAAUAGUGCAGGAAAAUACGUGCGACGCUUGCAACCGUUCCGGGAAUCUUCACGUUGCUGAAGAAUGCGAGCACAAUUUAUGCAGCAAAUGCAUCAAGAUGGCCGUGGAAAAGUGCACAGUCGACCAAAUUGUGGCAUGUCCUGCAAAAGGGUCGUAUACGCAGCAGCAGUGUCCAGGUCUUCUUAAAGAACACGAAUAUAAAGAUCACGUUUCCCAAGAAACAAUCAAGAAGAUGAAAAAGAAGAGUAACUGGGUUCCCGCUGAAUGUUUCGACAAAAAAUGUUCCACUCAAAGAAUUUCUUUUCGUAUAAGGAAAGGCAUAGAUUUUUAUGUCUGCCCACGUUGCCGAAGACGGAACUGCUGGCCGUGCCGUGCAAUCCACGACGGCAUGACGUGCGCGCAGCACACGGAGAAAGUUGUGGCCGAUAUCGACGCAGGAAGGCACGAAGACCCCCACGAGAAGGAAAAGCGAUUGCGGGAGCACAUCGCUGUUUACGAGCAAGACGUUGUGUCCACAUCCCAGGAAUUUGAAUGUGCCAUUUGUGUCGUGGAAGUGGAACCCGGCAAGGGGAUUGUUCUCAAGAACUGUCACCACAAGAUUUGCGAACAGUGCCUGGCCAACACUGCCAAGAACUCCCCAACAGCAGAAGUUCAAUGCCCCUGCCUCGAUGAAGACGCACCUUGCCAGAUGGCCGUUUUUGACAGCGACCUCAGGGCGUGCCUGUCGAAGGAGGACUACAACGCACUGCAGGACAGGAGCCUGCGCGAGGCUGAGAACAGGAGCAAAGAGCCGUCGUUCCAUUGCAAGACGCCCGACUGCCGGGGCUGGUGUUUUCACGACCGCGACGUCGAGCUCUUCCAAUGCCCCCUGUGCGACAAGCAGAACUGCCUCCGCUGCGAGGCCAUUCACGAGGGCUUGACAUGCGCCCAAUAUCAGGAAGACUUGAAGAUCAGGGCCGAGAAUGACGCAGCGGCCAAGGCCUCGCUCAACUUUCUCGAGGAAAUGCUUAGAAGCCAGCAAGCGAUGCGAUGCCCACAGUGCCGCGUUGUCAUCAUCAAACGGUCCGGGUGCGAUUUCAUGGUGUGCACCUCGUGCCAGACUCAGUUGUGUUGGGCCACCAGAGGAGCUCGAUGGGGCCCGAAUGGUGUCGGCGACACAAGCGGUGGUUGCAGAUGCGGUGUGGGCGGCGUCAAAUGCCACCCGACGUGCACGACUUGCCACUAGCUUCAGGAAAGGCGGCGAAGCGGUGCUGCGCAACAGAAGGUCCGAUCCCUCCCGAUAUCCUGGUUGAAGAGUAACAUUAAAAAAACAACUCGUCAAUAAAUGAACACAAAUAGUA